CGCAAGCCCUUUGAGCACACUUCUCAUGCUUCUAAAUCCGGUCUAACUGGGUGAAAAUACAAUCCAAAUAUGUCUUCAUCCAGUGCUACAUCUCGACCUCUCCCUACCGAAGGACCAUCCGCUGGCGGACAUGAUGAACUCGACGACUUAGGGGACUUGUUUGACUAUGAUGUCGGAGAUGAGAAUGAUCCAUUCAGUGAUAAUUACAAGCCUCCGAACAAGACAAAGGAACCAGCAAGCAAGGAUAACACGAACGGGGCAGGAUUGGGCAUUGAUGAAGAGGUUGAAGUCACCAGGAGACCCCGAGCUCCACGGGUGAAGCUUGAUGAAAAUAGACUUCUUUCAGCAGCUGGGAUACCAAAACUACGGAAGAAAGCGAAGGAUCAUUUGAAAUUUAAGGGAAAAGGCCAUGAGUACUCUGACGCAGCUAGACUGCUCGCAUUUUAUCAAUUAUGGCUCGACGACCUCUUCCCAAAAGCAAGGUUUCUGGAUGCGUUAGCAAUGGUGGAGAAAGCAGGGCACAAGAAACGAAUGCAGGCAAUGCGCAUGGAAUGGAUCAAUGAGGGGAGACCCAGGUCAUCAGUGCAUGAAGAUUCGAUAUUCGACGAGCCCUCCCUCCCGCCAAGAGAGGAUGGAGGGAGGGAAAAGACAGCCCCGAGAAUCGCUCCUAUAUUUGAGAAGACGGCGAGUGAAAGACCGAAAACACCGGUCCAGGAUGCCGAUGCUGAGAUGGACGACAUAUAUGAUGCCACGCCACGACAGCCGCGCCAGACACAAGGAGCAACGGACUCUCAAGAUUCAUUAUUUGGUGAACGGCCCAGUAUAUUCGGGCCUGCCAAGGCAGCACCUGCUGAUGAUGGACCCCCUGAGGAUGAUCUCGAUGCGUUGUUGGCGGAGGAGGAAAUGAUGCGGGCUGAGUCUGCAAAGGCACAACCGGUACCGACUGCGAGCAAAGCACCGGCUCCCGCAGAUGACAACUUUGAUGAUGAGAUGGAGGCUAUGGCGGAAAUGGACGACAUGUGGUGAUAGAGGGGCAUUGGGAUGUGGGGUUUCGGCGUAUGGCUCUGUUUAGUAGUAGCAUUGCAAGGCGUAGGGGUUUCUCCGUUCUGGAUAUCAUAUUUGAGUAUCUUAAUGAAUACAGUCUUAACAUAUACUCCAC